AUGGUUGAUAUGGACGACGCAGAAAAGGAUACUACAUUAUCGUAUAUUUCACAUAACCGAAGCCCUACAUUUAGCAAAGAAGAAGUUAAUGCUUUAGUUAAUUUGAUUGAAAAAUAUAAAUAUGUAGUUUUAAACAAAUCUACAAAAUCCACAACUAGUUAUGCAAAGGAGGUGGCUUGGACUAAAAUAUCUAAAGAAAUGAAUAAGCAAGGUUUUAAAUACACGAGAAGUGUUGAUAGCUUAAAAACAAAAUGGGAAAAUUUAAAGAAAGAAGCAAGGAAAGCAUCAAAAAAUUUGUUAAAUAGAAGCAGUAAUGACUAUAACGUCAUUUGCCAGAUAGUAACAAUGAUUAAUGAAAUGGAGACAACAAAUGGUAGAACUGAUAUAUCUCAUAAUCUACUACAAGAAAUUAAUAAUGAUAUAGAAGAUGAUGAAAAUAAUUCUUCAAAGCUCUUUGAUGAUAAUGAUGGAAAACUAUCAGAUGACUCUGAAGAUGCUGAUGAAAAUCGAAGUUUAGAAUCCAACAGAUCAUUAAACUUUUCACCUCAGGAAUGCAGUCUACUUUUAAAAUGUAUAAGAGAUGAAAAAAAACACAUAUUUAGCAAAGAAACAACAGGGAAAGCCACUAACAUAAAAAAUAAUGCAUGGUCUAGAAUUACAUAUGCCUAUAACAAACUAAACCCGAAUAAAAGAACUACAAAGGUUUUACGCACAAAAUUCAACAAUAUGAAAAGACUGGCAAAAGGUGUUAACUUCCAAAAUUAUUUUCCAAUAAAUGGACAUGAAAAACUAGAAGACGAUAGUAGUAAGGAUAUUAAUUUAGAACCCCAAUUCGAAUAUAAAGUAGAUAUGGAGACAGACUAUGAAAAUGAUAAUGCUGAUGAAGAUUUCCAUGAUGGCCCUAUAGAUUCAAAAGAAAACAAUCAAGAGCUGUCAGAUCCACUUAGUUUAGUUUUAAAUGGAGAUUCUGGAAUGGGUUCUAUUAGUCAUUUUGGUUCAUACUGUCAAGAAAACAAAGAAGUUGUUAAAUUAAAAUUAGAAUUAUUAAAAUAUCAAUUAGAAACUGCAAAACUAGAGAGAAAAAGAGUAGAAGAAGCGUUACAAGCGGAAAGUGCUGAGCGACAGUCCCGAGCAAUAGAGGCGUCGCUCCAGCUGCGGGCCGCGCGCCUGCGCGUGGUGGCGGCGGAGGCGAGCCUGCCACCCGCGCACCCCGCGCUGCGCUACCCGGCGCGCGAGGCACUCGCGCAGCAGUACGCGGAGCAGGCCUGCCAGAUAGCACUCGCUGAUUUACCCGACCAA